AUGCCAUCGAUCAUAGCGUCUGAUCCUGAGGCAACGGUGGUCAAAAGUCGACCGACCUCUUCUUGCGUCCUGAAUAAAUACUCGCUUCUAGAUAUAGUAGGAAAGGCAGUCGAAAAAGCCGAGGCUACUGCAGGCGGUCGUUGUGGUAAGGAAAAAAGAAGGAACGAAGUGCACGUGUGCCUGCAGCGUUUUGUACCGCGUCUUCGUCCAUCCGUCAGCAUGGUAAACCUCGAAGUUCUGAAGAAAAAUCUCGAAGUGUGUCCGGCCAAUGUUGACAACGGUGGCCAUAUCUACGAGUGGUAA